CGCUGAGUCUUUUUGCUGGGAUUGGUGGGGGGUGGAAGUCUUGUUUAGCGUCUUUUGAGCUGGGCCCUGGUGAAAGUUGGUUGUCUGUUUAUUUCCAGUCAAGGUUAUUGUACUGGAAAAAAAAGUAAUGCCUGUUGGAGACAAGCUAUCGAGCGGAUUUCAGCCGCCUUUUGAACAUUUUUCUACCCAGGCACUUCAUGUGGGACAGGAUGCUGAGCAGUGGAAGUCAAAGGCAGUGGUGCCUCCUAUAUCUCUGUCAACCACGUUUAAACAGAGUGCUCCGGGGCAGCAUGCGGGCUUUGAAUACAGCCGUAGUGGAAAUCCUACACGGAAUUGUUUGGAGAAAGCUGUUGCAGCUGUUGAUGGAGCAAAAUACAGUUUAGCAUUUGCAUCUGGUUUGGCAACUACGAUGACAAUAGCACACCUACUCAAGUCUGGUGAUAACAUAAUUUGCAUGAAUGAUGUCUAUGGAGGUACGAACCGAUAUUUCCGCAGAGUUGCAUCUGAAAUGGGUUUGGAAACCUCUUUUAUUGACUGCUCAUCAGUGAAGUGUCUAGAUGCAGCUAUUAAAUCAAACACUAAGCUUGUCUGGAUUGAGACUCCUACUAACCCUAUGAUGAAUGUUGCUGACAUCAAAGCUUGUGCAGAAACUGUACACAAGCAUGGGGACAUCAUUCUUGUCGUGGAUAACACCUUCAUGUCAGCUUAUUUCCAGCGCCCUUUGGCCCUUGGUGCUGACAUCUGUAUGUAUUCUGCAACAAAAUACAUGAAUGGUCACAGUGAUGUAGUCAUGGGCUUGGCUUCUAUGAAUCGAGAUGACCUCUAUGAAAAACUGAAAUUCUUGCAAAAUGCUAUUGGUGCAGUUCCAUCACCAUUUGACUGCUACAUGUGUAAUCGUGGCUUGAAGACUUUGGCCCUUCGAAUGAAACAACACUUCAAGAAUGCAUUGAUUGUAGCACAGUUUUUGGAGGCAGACCCCCGGGUAGAGAAGGUUAUUUUUCCAGGUCUCCCUUCUCAUCCACAAUAUAAUCUGAUGAAGCAGCAGUGCACUGGGAGUUCGGGCAUGAUGACCUUCUUAAUUAAAGGAGGGUUGGAAAAUGCCAAAACAUUCCUUAAAAACUUAAAACUGUUCACCCUUGCCGAAAGUUUGGGAGGAUAUGAAAGUCUAGCAGAGCAUCCGGCUAUUAUGACGCAUGCUUCUAUCCUGAAGGAGGAUCGCGAUGCACUGGGGAUAAGUGACACUCUAAUCCGAUUAUCUAUUGGCUUAGAGGAUAUAGCAGACAUUAUUGAGGACCUACAUCAAGCACUAAAAGCUGCACAUCCGGAUGUGCUUAUACCUGCUGAGCAAAACAACAAAUUACUUUGCAAUUAACCUCUGCACAUUCCCUUGGAAGAAAUGCAACUUGUGGGGAAAGGCCUCAGAAGAACGCCAACGCAUUUUGUUUCAGUUAUGAAGUUUGAUGAAGCUCUGUUUAACUGCGGCAUCUUAAGAUGCUUUGCUUUGUAAUGAAUGAUCACUUGGGAUGCAUGAAAUUGGAUAAGUUGUGGAUUUAUGCCUUUUGUAAUUUUAUUUUUAGUAUAGCUUUGUGAAGGGUUGACUUGCAUUCAUUUCCUGAAAUGUAGUUUUUUUACUAUAUUGUACUUCUCUGGAAUGAUGGGCUAAUGAGGAAAAGAUUUUUUUUAUGUACUAAUGAGAUGAAAGAACUAUAAUCACAAAAUUAAAACAAAACAAUACUCAGCAGGUCAGAUGGUGUUUGGAGAGUGAAACUAGUUAAUAUUUCAGGACCAUAACCUUUCAUCAGAAUUGGAAUAGUUUAGAAAUGUAACAGGUUUUAAGCAAGUGCAGAGGCAGGGAAAGGUGGGGAGGGAAGAAUAAAGGGAAGGUCUGUGAUAGUGGAAGGCAGGAGAGAUGAAGCGAUUAAAAGGGAUGAUGGUGUAGGGAAAAUGAUGGUAAUGUACAAAAGAUGGAUCUAGAAGAGAUGUAAAUAGGAAUCUCAAUUAUUACCAACAGGUGCUGUAUAUAAUUAAAGAUAAUGGUUAUGGUCUUGAAAUUGUUGAAUUCAAUGUUGAGUUUGUCAAGUGCCUAAUUGGAAGAUUAAGUGCUAUUCCUUGUGCUUUGGAACAAUGUUGGAGGCCAAGGUGAGAGUGGAACCGAGAAUUUAAAUGACAGAUGAGCAGAAGCUCAGUCACAUUUGUGAACUGAACAAAGGUGGCCUGGUAAAUCAGUCUGUCUUAGUCUCCUAAAAUAGAGGAGACUGCAUUGUGAGCAACAAAUAUCAUACUAAAUUGAAAUAAGUAUAAGCAAAUCUCUGCUUCAUCUAGGAGUGUUUGGGGCCCUGGACAGGGAAGAGGUAAACAGGCAGUGUUGCACUUCUUGCACACCUUCCAUAUUACAAGUUCCUUUGCUUCGCAUCCAUUUGUUUGGCCAGAAGUUAUCCCCUUGCACAAUGGAAUCUUUCUCAUCUCCAGAAUUCUUCUAUCUGAACCAUGCUCUGUAACCUUUUACUCUAUCCAGAUCUUUUAAUUGGGAACUGUUGGUGUGACCUCGGUCAUCUCAAUUUCUCUGCUCAUUGCUUGUGUAAGUUGAUCUCACCUUCCUCCUUCCCUCCCUCUGAACUUGCAGCACUCUGUUAGGAAUGGAUCUGAGAACAUUCAGUAAACCUGCUGACAAUUGAUGCUUUUGUUUGGUGAACUGAUCUCUGCCUUGCUGAGGCUGAAUGCCAACUCUGAGCCUAACCCCUGGACAAUGAACCCACGACUAAACAACAAGCCAUAAUUUUCCAAGCUCACUGCCCUCAUCUCUCCUGGAGAUUUUACAUUCGUAACCUACAGUAUCAUCAUCCCCCAACCCUGCACAGCCUGCUUCUCUUUCCCAAGAUCUACCAAGAGGAUUGCCCUGGUAGACCCAUUAUUUCAGUCUGCUCUUGUCCGAUAGAAGUGAUUUCUUCCUAUCUUGACUUUUUCCCUCUUUGUGUCCAGUCUCAUCCAUCUACAUCACUGUUUCUGGUGCCCUCCAUCACUAACAGUUUCCUUGAGCUAAUGCACUUCUAAUCUUCCCACACCACCUUCCUCCUCCAGGAUGGUCUGAGGUCUGUUCAGUUCUUCCUUGAACAGUGGCCCAAUCUGUAUCCGUCCAAAACUGCCACCUUCUAUCAGGCUGAACAUUUUCUCAUUGAACAACUUCUCCUCUGGCUUUUUUCCCAGUAUUUCAUUGGUACUAUUUCUUGCUUUCACCUUGAACUGGAAAAUUUCAUCAGUUUUGCUUCUACUUUCCACUUUCCCUUGUCUUCAACGCAAAAACAGAAUUU